CUCGGGUAGAUGGAACUAAGAGAGGGAACAAACAGCAGUAAUGCACUUGCUGUGGAGAACAGAAAAAAAACAACAUUCCAAGAAAUUUUGUUAAUACAUGCCAAUGCAGUUUUAUAUGAGAAGGGAUAGUUGCAUUCAAGAAAAACUGCAUUUACCAGGACACCUACAGCGAAGAAAACAUCUCAGACCUCACAACAAGCAACGGCCACAGCUUGGCUACGAAGCUCCCAGUUACUCAAUUCCACUAGAGAAAAGGCAGACAAAAGGUGACAGAAGAUAACCAUCAUGGCAUCAGCAAGCCUGCAGUUCUUUGCUUUUAUUCUGGCUUUGUUUGGUGCUUUUGGAGAUAUCGCAGCCACCUUGCUACCAAACUGGAAGGUAAAUGCAGACGUUGGCUCAAAUAUCAUAACAGCUAUAACACAGAUGCAAGGACUUUGGAUGGACUGCACAUGGUACAGCACGGGGAUGUUCAGCUGCACCCUGAAAUACUCCAUUCUCUCUCUCCCCGUCUACAUCCAGGCUGCACGGACCACCAUGGUACUGUCGUGCAUCCUGUCAGCCUUUGGGAUCUGCAUCACUACAGUCGGAAUGAAAUGCACAAGGCUGGGAGGCGACACUGACAGCAAAAAUAACGCUUGUUUUGCUGGAGGAAUCUGCUUCAUUCUUGCGGGAAUCUUUGGAUUAGUACCAACGUGCUGGUACACAAGAGAAAUUAUUUCAAAUUUCCUGGACCAGACCAUUCCAGAGAGUAGUAAACAUGAACCGGGAGGAGCAGUUUAUACUGGAUUCAUCUCAGCAGGGUUUCUGCUUAUCGCAGGUGUGAUCUUCUGCUCUUCCUGUUUUAAAAGGCAGCAAGGAGCAUGGAUUUACCCUCCAAAGCAGCACCAUUUUCCAUCCACAGAGCAGGAGAGCAAUGCAGGUUACAGCCUGAAGGACUAUGUAUAAAUAGUUAUUUCUAUCCAUUGAAGUAUUUCUAUUCAUUCAAGGGGGCUUUUUGUGUGUUAAGUGUAGUUUGGUUAUUUCAACGAAUGUAUAACAUAGCACUUAAUCUUUCCUGUAUGUGGGUUGCAGUUAUGCUUAUGCAAGGUAUUUCAUUUACAGGGGCAUCCACAAAAAGGAAGGAGUAGGAAAAGAUACUUGUCUGCUACAAGAGUACUUUAUUUUGUUGAUUUUUCAAACCCUUCUUUCUGACUUCCCAAGUUACACUUAUUGAAGAACAAGAAACUAUUUUAAAAACAUAACUGACUGUACAGUUUAUGCAUCGAUGUCUUGUUACAGCAAAGAUGAUUAAAAACUAACUCUUUCUGUUUAGUGAAUCAGACUUUCAAUAACAUAUGACAUUUUAUAGUCUAUUUUACAUUUUUAUCUUGAUUUUAUUUAUGAUGCAAGGAAAAAAACUCAGAAACUAUUUGUCUAAGAAGCCCAAUUCAAAGAUUUUAAAAAAGCGGACACAUCUGCCUUUCAUUUUCAAUUCUAAAUUGCCGUGGUAACUAGAUUUUGUUAAAAAAAUAAAAAAAUACAAAAAAAUCAACCAACCAAAACAAAUCCACAACAAAAGCUCAAGGCUCCAAACCUUAGCUGCACUGUAUACUCUGCAUAUCAGGCUGAAGGAUCAGCAGUACCAUUCAGCUCUUGCCAAACCCAGCUCUCCUGCCCCAAACUGCCACCUGCUGUGGGUUUCAUUUAUUAUUGUUAAAGGAAAGUAUGCUGGACAGUCACCAACUGCUACUAAUCUAUCACUACACAGUGAAUGUCAGAGAUGAGGAGCAAUACAACAAGAGAAAUGUAAUUGUGAAAACACCUGCAAACUGUAACAGGAUAGAAACCAAAUUAUCUAUGUUCAAGAAUCUUCUGUAAACAUUCUGGCUUACACUUGCUAAAGGCAGUUAUUAACAGCUCAAAUAACACAGUAACUACUUACUGCCUUCUACAUUUUGACCUUCUGAAAGAACCUUUCAAGUUAUUAUAAUUAUUCCUGUAGGAUCUGUUCCAGGCCCACUCCCAGGUAUUCGAUUACUGUAAAAUGUACUAUACAACUGUGAUAAAGAGACAGCUUCUUUAUUUUAACUGCCUUAUUUUGAAUAAUUACCUUAAAUCCUUUCACCUUUUCUUUCACCACUCAGAUUUUGUUUUGGUCAUUGGCAAAGUAUGUUCUACUUAAAUACUUUCCUAAGUGAGAACCAAAUCAAGAAUGAAAAUGGGUAUGGCAUAGGCAUUUAAAUUUGGGAAUAUGAUGCUGGAUGAGACUCUCAAUAAAAUCAACUGCUGUUUAUUCUGCAUAUUUAUACACAACUUUCAUUUCCCACAGUACUAGUCUGAAAUUUGUUAAAAGACCAUGAAGGAGCCUAAACAUAAAAUGUUUGGUAUGUUGGAAAAAGAUGUUUUAUUACAGCAUUUGGUAAAGUGGACUGUUUUAUGGACUUAAUAUGUAGGUAGUCUUUAUUCAUAGAGAGUCUUCAUUUUUCAUACACAGAAUCGCAUUACAUCUUGUUUUUAUUCUACUGUUACAUACCUAUUUUGAGUUUUCUAUGUUUUAAUCAAGGACCUUCACUUUUCCCAUUUCUAAUGCAACUAUCAACAGCUAUUAGGUAUUGCAGAGACUUCAUUAUAACAAAAAAUCCAAUUUAUUUUUUUUGUAGACACUAUGCUGUGCAGCACCAUUCCAUUAACCAAGAAUCUUUUAUGUAUCAACACUCACAGAAAUGCUGAAAUAAUAUUCAUGCAUUGAAAUAAUAUUCCUUCUCACAAACAAGCAUCUCCACCUUUACAAAGGGGUUUGACAUGACACUAAGCCGUGAUCACUACCAUGUACGUCAGUAAAAUCUGUUUGCAAAAAAUUAUAAUCAAGAGGCAUUUUUACAGGAGGGUGUAAGAAAAAGGUAAUAAUGGCAUACCAUGAGCACAACAAGAAGUUCACUGAUUACCCAUACUGCAAACUUUUCUUCCUGAAACUUUUUAUAUAAACUACCUGUACUUCAUUUAGCUAUGAAACAACAAUCAAGGACGGAGGCAUUUAAUUCACAGUAUGCUGCAAGAGCUUUCCAAUAAAACAAAUUCUAUGAGAAAAGGUAACAUCUAAAACCAUGUCAGUCUACAGGUAAAAGAAAAAGGACAAAACACGAGAUUGAUCUACAACAGGUGUG